ACGUGCAUGAGGUCGCAGCGACGAGACAUAAAAAGCAGUCCCGGUUCUUUAUGUCGUUUAUGGAACUUCAAUCAUCGUCAACUGAUUCAGGAGAUUUAAACUUCGGCGACAGGAUUGCACUUGAACGCGGCUGCUGCAGGUGUCAGAGUGGCUGUCCACCAGUAUGGCCAGUACAAAACAAGGAGCUAGAGACUUCAUUAAUAGUAACUGGGACAAAGCUGUAGCGGGCCUUAACCACGUAGAGCUGCUAUUACCAGGACUGAGAACCACAAGGGUCCUGGAUGAGUAUGAAAUCAGCGACAUUGAGUCGUGUAACGAGAGAUUUGAGAAGAACAGAAAACUUUUGGGCAUGAUAAUAAAAAAAGGCAACGCAGCCUGUGAGGUGUUUCUGAAUCUACUGGAUACAAAAAGAGAAGGGAGCCUUGAUGGCGGAUCACACGACUGGAUUGACUAUUUUAACUUUGAUGGUUCAGGACCUUACAGAGCACAACUUAAGUUAGAAGCGAGAGAAAUUAUGGAAUCAAAAUGGAAAAACAGCAGAGUACUACUGGCCAAAUACGUGAAGGAGCUUCAGUUUAAAUACACACCACUUGUUCUGGUGAAUGACGUGUCUGACGUUUACCCUGAAAACAAAUACAAAAAGUCACGUAAAAAGAAAAGUAAAAGGUACAUUCCUAAAGAAGACAAGCCAAUUAACAUUAAGGACCUGCUGACCAUGAAAGAAAAGAAGAUCCUACUGGUGGGGAAGCCUGGAAUUGGGAAAACCUUCUGUGUCCUCCAGUUACUGAAUCUGUGGGCUGAGAGCAACGAUGACGAUGCACUCUAUGUCUUUUAUUUCGAUGCAGAAAGAGUGCACCAAUUUAGAGACUCUGCAGAUCUGAGGUCCUUACUGUUCUGUUACUGUAAACCAAAGAGAACAAUUGAAGAUGAUCUUUUAAGAGAUAUUGAGAAUGGAAACGCCAAUGUGCUCAUCAUAUUUGAUAGUAUUGAUGAAAUACAGCAGACAUCCCAGGAUGAGAAGAUUGAAAGAGUUAUUGAUAGAAUAUUAAAAAAAUCUGAUUUGAAAAAAGCAAAGAUCAUUAUUACUGGUCGACCUUCUGUAGAAGACCAUGAGCUACCAGACUGGGCAGACUAUAGAGUGGAAGUUCGUGGAUUUGGUGAAAAAUCAAUUUCUGAAUAUUACAAGAGUACACUUGAAGGCCAACCCAUAUGUGAGGAAGUUGUGAUGUUGUAUGAGAAGAACAUCAACGUCUUCAGUCUCUGUCAUGUCCCGCAGUACGCAUUCAUAGUCGUGUGCUACAUGUUGAGUGAAGGCUGCAUGAAGUCACAACAGAAAAUCUCCUCUGUAAACACUCCAAGUACGGUCACUGAGCUCUAUGUGCACAUAUUCCGUCAUUGUGUCGGUCAGCACAUGUUAAAGAGGCCACAUUUUAAGAAGGCAAAGAUUGAUAAGUACACUGCAGACAAUAAAGAGGAGAUAAUGAUACUAGCCAAAAAAGCUUUCAAUGCCAUUUUGAGUAAAAGUGUCAAUCUAAUUGAUCGUCAUCUGGAAGAAACUCCUUGUCAAUCCAUCAAACGUUGUUUCUUAGGUUCCACCAGCAUUGACGAGACGCUUACCUCCAAAGAAACCUGCUUUGCCUUUCUCCAUAACACAAUGCAGGAGUUUUUUGCUGCUGUUUGGAUUUUGGAAAAUAAAAAUGACAUCAGCGACAUAUUUCAGUGCAGUCUGACCGCGGGUGAAAGUCACCUGAAGUAUGUUAUUUAUUUCCUAUGUGGACUUUUUGCCAAAAAGAAUUCCAAAUUAAUGUCAAAUUUAUUUCAGGAAAACCCCCCAAAAGCCAUCUCAGAGUCUGCAAUCCACAACGUAAUCGAGCUCAUUCAGUCAUCUGAAGAGGACAUUGGAGGAGAGGAACGGAUUUUGUUUGCUUGCCAGUGUUUAUAUGAGGCCCAGUCAACUAAGGCGUGUGCUCAGGUUUUGGAGGCCAUCGAUUUUGAGUUCUGUCUGGAGGACGAGCACAUUGACCCGUACCAGAGCCGUGCAGUGACCUACGUAGUGAACGAAGCAAUCAAGGAGACGUAUUCAGAUUUGGAAAUGCAGGACCUCCGGCUCUUCAGUCUUGGCUACAAACUGCUACUGGAGUGUACAGAAAGUUACAGAGCAUGGGGGAAGAUGAAAUCUAACUGCUGUCAACAUGUACUGGAAAGUGGAGAUCAAAAUACAUUUUUGGAAAUGAUGGAAUUUGAAGUUUACGUGUCCUUACACUGGUAUAGCGAGACACUGAGGGCACUGGGACGCUUGAUAAAGAAGUCAGUAAAGGAGGUUAACGUCAUAUUGGAUUCAGCAUUCAGUCGUGACUCGCUUGAAACUUUCAUCCGCGUUGUGUCAGAAUGCCUGGAGAAGAUGGCUUCUGUACGUUUUUCUACAGGAUUUAAUGAAAAAUCAUUCAUAACCAUGAUGGAGUUGUGUCAAAAGUAUGAUGAAGUUACAGGAGACAGCAGUCUGCAUAAGUUUGUACAUCUCUUUGGACCCUUGCCAAAUAAAGUGGACUGCAAAGACACAUCUCGGAUUAGUCAGGUGGACUUCGGUUUUUUACAGAAGUAUCGAACUAAGGAUGUAACACAAUGGUACAAGAACAAUGAUGAUUUAUCAGCCCUGGAUGAGUUCAUCAUCUGCACCCUCAUCAACAUUUCACAGAAUGACAGGACAUGUUACAGUGACAUCCGUCAAUACAUUCAACAGAGCAGAAAUGUCUUUGUAUCCUGGAAGUGGAAUGAAGUGACACUGAGCAGUGUGAUGGACUUUAUAGAGUGCUCUUCAACUCUGGUUGACAUAAUACUGGACGACAUACCCUGCAGAAUGCAUGAUUUCAUCGGCCAUUUAUCUAGCUGCUUAGAUAAGAUAUCCUCCAUACGUUUUUCAGAUGGUUGGAAUGACGAUACAUUCUGGAGAUUAUGUGACUUAUUUGAAGAAUAUGAAGCCAAGAAAGGAGAUAGCAGCCUCCUGCACUUCAUCUCUUUGUUUGCUCCUUUUCCAAACGAUGUGAUCUCGACAAACUUGUACUGGAUUGGUGGAAUUAACUUCAGUUUUGUGAGGCGAUGUCUGCAGAAUGAGGUCACAGCUCCACAGCUCAAGGAGGCUUUCCGAAGUCUUCAUCAACUCAUAAUCAGCAGUAUUGAGGAGGCUGUAAGGAAGGACAAGAGUAACAACAGGUAUGUUUGGAAGUACAGGCUGGACUGUGGAAGCCAGGAGAACCUCAAUGAACUGUUCAGUCAAACAGACAACAAAAUCUACGUGAGCACAGAAUGGUGUGAGGAGACACUGAACAGAGUGAGCAGCUUUAUAAAAAGAUCAUCAGUGAAGGUUAACAUAAUGUUGGAACACAAUGAAAUAACUCAAAGCUUUUUUGACUUCUUGUCAGAAUGUCAGGAUAAGAUAUCUUCUAUAAGUUUACUACAUGGCUUUGAUGAACGUUCAUUUUGGUUGAUGGAUGAUUUGUUUGAAGAGUACAAAGACGUAAAUGGAGUCAACAACCUUCCACACCUCAUCUCUUUAUUUGCACCAUUUCCGAACAAGGUGCCUCUCUCAGACAUUAAUGAUAAAGUCUCUCAUUUUUCCUUCAGUUUCCUGAGUCAAUGUCACCCAGACAAAGUCGCCGUUCCACAGCACAAAGAGGCUUAUCAAGAUCUUCGGCGAUGUGUACUCAACAGUCUUCAGGAGGCUGUAAGGUAUGUUGGUUUACUGAUCUGUCAAAUUUCAGCAGACUAUAAAGAGUGAUGGACACCUCUG